AUGCCGCUCGAGUUUCUCUUCAUUGUCUCGGCGGACAACACCUACUUCUGCCUCUUUCCAAACUCCGUGCUGCACAGAGGCGCCACCCUGACGGUGAACGUGACGGCUGACGGGGACGUGUUCGAGCACGUGCUGGCCUUCGAGAACCCAGGUGACGCCGCCUCCGCCGGCCUCCGAGCUGGGCCACGGCACGAUGACGAGGUCGAAUGUCCCCACUACCUCGUGGACUCGAAGGGGACACGCGUGGGCUGCCAUUUCGACAAGCUGGCCGAACCGAAGCGGACCGAUAAUUACUUCUUCCUGGUGAACGGAACCAGCAAGCAGACAGCAAUCCAGUUCGUGGACUUCACGCCGUUCAAGGCCGUUCAGAUGGAAAAGUACAACCCGCCAGCCAACAUCACGAUCCGCUACAACGGGUCCUGCCACCUCAUCCGCUGGGACAACCCUGAGACGAGGUUUGAAAUGCCAAGUCACAUGCUGUGUUACGAACUGGACAUCCAACGCCAGCACACCCCCAACCCCGAGUCUGAGGAGGGGGUGGGCGGGGCUGCUGUGUCUGCAGCUGAGCGCCUGGUCACCUCUGACCUCUGCCCCUGUGCCCCCGCAGGCGUCCCGGAGCAGGGCUUCAGUGGCCCUGGUGUGGCCCAGGGGGCCCUGGCCGUGGGCAUCGUGGCCUUGCUCACCAUGACACUGAUGCUGCUCUGUGCGAGGUUCUCCCUGAGGCGGAAGCUGUUCCCUCCGGUCCCGCAGGUGAAGAAGGAGCUGGGCGGCAGCCUCAUGCCCGGCCCGCAGGUCGCCUGGGACGAGGACGGCCCGCCACCGGGCUGGGAGGAACCUGAGGACAUUCUCACGGUGGAGGACGCGCCAUCCUGGGCGAGCGGACAGGCGGGACCCGUGUGCCCGGCGUCCGCGGUCGACGACUCCGACAGUACCGGUCGUGAGCAUCGUGUGCGCGAGGAGCGCCAGGUUCUGGCAUGA